GGGCGGGGCGGGAGGCGCCGCGGGGAUCCCGGGGCUGCCGAGGCCCCUGACUCUCUGUUCACCCUGGGAACAUGGACCGGAUGGCCAGCUCCAUGAAGCAGGUACCCAACCCGCUGCCCAAAGUAUUGAGCCGGCGUGGGAUUGGUGCUGGGAUGGAGGCUGCGGAGCGCGAGAGCUUCGAGCGGACUCAGACCGUCAGCGUCAAUAAGGCCAUUAAUACGCAGGAAGUGGCCGUGAAGGAAAAACAUGCCAGGACUUGCAUCCUGGGCACCCACCAUGAGAAAGGCGCGCAGACGUUUUGGUCCGUGGUCAACCGAUUGCCUCUGUCCAGCAACGCCAUGCUGUGCUGGAAGUUCUGCCACGUCUUCCACAAGCUCCUCCGAGACGGACAUCCAAACGUGCUCAAAGACUCUCUGAGAUACAAAAAUGAAUUAAGCGACAUGAGCAGGAUGUGGGGCCAUCUGAGUGAGGGGUAUGGACAGCUGUGCAGCAUCUACCUCAAACUGCUGAGAACGAGGAUGGAGUACCACACCAAAAAUCCCAGGUUCCCUGGCAACCUUCAGAUGAGUGACCGGCAGCUGGAUGAAGCUGGAGAGAGUGAUGUUAACAACUUUUUUCAGCUCACAGUGGAGAUGUUUGAUUACCUGGAGUGCGAACUGAACCUCUUCCAGACUGUGUUCAACUCCUUGGACAUGUCCCGCUCCGUGUCCGUGACCACAGCUGGGCAGUGCCGCCUCGCACCGCUGGUCCAGGUCAUCCUGGACUGCAGCCACCUCUAUGACUACACUGUCAAGCUGCUCUUCAAGCUCCACUCCUGUCUUCCAGCCGACACCCUGCAGGGCCACCGAGACCGCUUCAUGGAGCAGUUCACAAAGUUGAAAGAUCUGUUCCAGCGCUCCAGCAACCUCCAGUACUUCAAGCGGCUCAUUCAGAUCCCCCAGCUGCCUGAGAAUCCACCCAACUUCCUGCGCGCCUCAGCCCUGUCAGAGCACAUCAGUCCUGUGGUGGUGAUCCCGGCCGAGGUCUCCUCUCCAGACAGUGAGCCUGUCCUGGAGAAGGAUGACCUCAUGGACAUGGAUGCCUCCCAGCAGAAUUUGUUUGACAACAAGUUCGAUGACAUCUUCGGCAGCUCGUCCAGCAGCGACCCCUUCAAUUUCAACAAUCAAAAUGGCGUGAACAAGGAUGAGAAGGACCAGUUGAUUGAACGCUUGUACAGAGAGAUCAGCGGGCUGACAGGACAGCUGGACAGCAUGAAGGCAGAGAGCCAGCGGGCCAUGCUGCAGCUGAAGGGCCGCGUGAGUGAGCUGGAGGCCGAGCUGGCCGAGCAGCAGCACCUCGGGCAGCGGGCGACGGAUGACUGCGAGUUCCUGCGCGCCGAGCUGGACGAGCUCAAGAGGCAGCGGGAGGACACGGAGAAGGCGCAGCGCAGCCUGACCGAGAUAGAAAGAAAGGCCCAAGCCAAUGAACAGCGGUAUAGCAAGCUAAAAGAGAAGUAUAGCGAGCUGGUUCAGAACCAUGCCGACCUGCUGCGGAAGAAUGCAGAGGUGACCAAACAGGUGUCCGUGGCCAGGCAAGCCCAGGUGGAUUUGGAAAGAGAGAAAAAAGAACUAGAAGAUUCCUUUGCACGUGUAAGUGACCAGGCCCAGCGCAAGACUCAAGAGCAACAGGAUGUUCUUGAGAACCUGAAGCAUGAACUAGCCACCAGCAGACAAGAGCUGCAGGUCCUCCACGGGAAUCUGGAAACCUCUGCACAGUCAGAAUCGAAGUGGCUGACCCAGAUCGCCGAACUGGAGAAGGAAAAGGGCAGCUUGGCAGCUGCCGCUGCUCAGAGAGAGGAAGAGUUCUCAACCCUCCGAGACCAGCUGGAAAGCACCCAGAUCAAACUGGCCAGUGCCCAGGAGUCCAUGUGCCAGCAGGUAAAGGACCAGAGGAAAAGACUCUUGGCAGGGACCAGGAAGGCUGCGGAGCGUGAGAUACAGGAGGCACUGAGCCAGCUUGAAGAGCCUGCCCUCAUCAGCUGCGCGGGGUCCACAGAUCACCUUCUCUCCAAAGUCAAGGCUGUUUCCAGCUGCCUCGAUCAACUGGAAAAGGACCGCAGCCAGUAUCUGUCCUGCCCAGAAGAUAUCAGUGAGCUCCUGCACUCCGUGACCCUGCUUACCCACUUGACCAGUGACACCAUCAUUCAGGGGAGCGCCACCAGCCUCCGGGCCCCCCCAGAGCCGGCCGACUCUCUGACAGAGGCCUGUAGGCAGUAUGGCAGGGAAACCCUGGCCUACCUGUCCUCCCUGGAGGAAGAGGAAGCCAUGGAGAAAGCUGACGGCACAGCCAUGAGGAACUGCCUCAGCAAGAUCCAGGCCAUUGGCGAGGACCUGCUGCCCAGAGGCCUGGACAUCAAACAGGAAGAGCUGGGUGACCUUGUGGACAAGGAGAUGGCUGCCACUUCAGCUGCCAUUGAAGCUGCCACCGCCCGGAUAGAGGAAAUACUCAGUAAAUCCCGAGCAGGAGACACAGGAGUCAAGUUGGAGGUGAACGAAAGGAUCCUGGGUUCCUGUACCAGCCUGAUGCAAGCCAUCAAGGUCCUGGUGGUGGCCUCCAAGGACCUCCAGAAGGAGAUCGUGGAAAGUGGCAGGGGUACUGCAUCCCCUAAGGAAUUUUAUGCCAAGAACUCUCGCUGGACAGAAGGACUUAUAUCUGCCUCCAAAGCUGUUGGUUGGGGAGCUACCGUCAUGGUGGAUGCUGCUGACCUUGUGGUCCAAGGCAAGGGGAAGUUCGAGGAACUGAUGGUGUGUUCACACGAGAUCGCUGCUAGCACAGCCCAGCUUGUGGCUGCGUCCAAGGUGAAAGCUAACAAGGGCAGCCUCAAUCUGACGCAGCUGCAGCAGGCCUCUCGGGGAGUGAACCAGGCCACGGCCGCCGUGGUGGCCUCAACCAUUUCCGGCAAAUCUCAGAUUGAGGAGACAGACAGUAUGGACUUCUCAAGCAUGACACUGACCCAGAUCAAGCGCCAGGAGAUGGAUUCUCAGGUUAGGGUGCUAGAGCUGGAAAAUGACCUGCAGAAGGAGCGUCAAAAACUAGGAGAGCUUCGGAAGAAACACUACGAGCUGGCUGGAGUUGCCGAGGGCUGGGAGGAAGGGACAGAAGCUUCACCUCCUACUGUUCAUGAAGCAAUACCGGAGAAAGAGUAGGCCCAGCCAGCGCCCCACACGUCAGAAUGUAAAUCUUUGUUAUCCUUCUGUUUGUGACCCUCCCCGUCUUGGCACACCGGGUCCUCUCCAUUCACAAACGCUGAAGCCCAUUCAUCCGUCGUGUCUCCUCAGGACACCGCCUCUGUCUGAAUGCAUGAUGAGUUCUCCCCUUAUGUCCCUGACGUACAGGCAGGCCAGCGUUGGCCAUGAGCAAGCUCAGGUCCACAGAAAAACAGCAACAUGGCCAACCUGUCUUGCCUUAUAUUCACCUCCUCGCCAGCCAUGUCCUAAGAGAGGCUUCUUGUCAUUGAGAGCUUGGAGAGGGGACAUCUGACACCUGUUCUCCCGCCCCCCAGUCUUUUGCAUUUUGUCUUUUGCGCAAACUUGCGAGCAUCUGAACUCCACUGGAUUCCAAACCAGACCGCCGUUUGAAUCCACAGUCAGAGGAACAGGAACAAAGGCCUGGCGGAGACUGCCAAAGCAACGCCCCCCCCCCCCUUCACACUACACUUUUGGCAGUCUGAUGGAUCCCCUCCUGCUUAUUAUUAGGUGGUCGUUUGGGUCUUUUGGUUUUAUAGUCUGAACGUUUCACAUAGCCAACUUUCCCAAAAAAGGGUUCCCCUCCCCGCCCCCACCCUGAGCUCUGAGCCCUUCUGAGAGGAAGGUCCACACACACACCAUGGUGCGGCUCAGGCUACGCCCUGGUGCUCCAGAUCAGCUCUUCCGUCAGCCAAGGCCACUUCCCAGGGUGACAGCUCUCCUCGGAAGCCUAAAGCAGAGCUAGUGCCUUUACUUUCUGACCCUGGGUGCCAUCCCAAGGCCUCUGUCCACCUUCACAAGCCAGGGAGCACCAGUUUCCAAAAAAAAAAAAAAAAAAGGUGCCAGGGACCCAGCUGUUCUGGGGACAUUUUUCUUAGGAGCCCAUGUGAGCAGGUUCACCACCCCAUCACGUGCCGGAAUGGAGCUGGUAUGAGCAGCAACACUACAUCCCCAGAGCGAACUUCCUGUGCCAUGUCACGUGGGCCACUUUCCGUCAAACCCGGGCAAGGUCCUCAGAGGGACAGAUAUAAAGGAGCUGGAAGUAGUUCCUUUUCCAGCUGCCUGCUCCUGCAGCCUCCUGAACCGGAAAAAGAUGGUUCUGUGUGCUACUUAUUCAACAGACCCACUAGCUCCCAUCGGGAAGAGACCUCAGCUCUGGGUAGGACUCUUCGUAUUUAUUACUAACAAUCUUCCUGCGACACCUGCCCCAGAGAUGCUUGGAGCAAUCAGGACUGAGGGUGGCCGACCAGGCUUGCCCUCUGCCCGCAGUCUCCACAGACCACAGACAAGACUAAAGAGCCAUCCCUGGGCAUUUCUGGGCCCCGAUUCCAAAGCAGGCAGGUUCUUCGAAGCAUCGAGGAGCAGGAGAGGAAGGGGACCAGCCCUGGCUGUGUCACCGACUCCGCCACUACCCACCCUUGCUCCCAUGAAGACAGGGUGGGCACUGAAGGCAUCCCACCUAAAUACAAGCAGCCGGACAGCACUUUGCCACUCUCAAAUGGACCACUGAGUUAAGUGACCUUCUGAUCUGUAGCAUGGGGCAGGGAGAUGGCGUCUUCCUCCCUCCGGUAUCUGUGACUCUUAGGUGGCAGCCAGCAGGCAAUUCCUUGAGCCUGUCCCCAAUGGGACGUGGCUCGGCUUUGCUGGGUAAUGGGUUGUGAGGCUAAUUAAUGUUUGAUCACUGUGAAUCAACCCCCUUCUUCCUGCUCCACCCACCCUGACUCUGUCCCCCGGGGUAUUUUCUAAGCCGGCACUCCAUAAACUCCCAGCAUCCCAGAAGUCUGCUGAGACACGUGACCUCCACAUUGGGCUAAAGGAGUUACCUGCAGUGGAAACGGCCUAUUCUGGUGCCGCAAGCAUGUUUCUCUGCUUAGCAUUUCUUCUUGAGUCCAAGGACCAGAACAAGCAAGCUGUGUGGCAUUGUUGGCCCAUUUAUGCCAAUCAAGCCAAUCCGUGUGCUCGCUGUGGGUCAGCUUUUCCAAAGGAGGUUAACAUAGUCAGUCCUUGCUUCUAAGGUCAGAGCGUUCCCACUUGUGUGUCCCACCAAGAGGAUAUCAAACGCACAGCCAUAGAGUGGGAUUCUCUGAAUAACACGCCUGUCUGAAAAGCCAGUCAUUUGUAAAACCCUAAUCAUUCAUCUCUUCCUGAGUAGCAAAACAGUGGAGAGCCCCAGCACGAGGGGAGUCAACAGCACAAGUGUCCACCUGCUCAGUGUUGGAUCAGAACUUUUUAGUGGAACUCAAGUCAGCAGCUGCCUCCCUCCAGCCAGGCUUGGCAGUGCAUACCUGUAAUCUUGGCUUUCAGGAGACUGAGGCAGGAAGA